UUUACUUCAUGGUGAAUCGUAGAAAUAGUUUCGAUUUGCUUUACCUCUUUUAUUUCAUACUCAAAACGUAUGAACCCUGCGUCAGAUGUACUAAACACAGGGUACAUUUCGUUCGCGAACUUAAAACAAAGAAAUUAUGGAGGCGUCCGAGAGUCGUGUACAAGAAAAUCGAACACAGGAUGGUGAAUAUGGAUUUGUUUGGCAAGAUUAUCUUGACGCCACAGAGAGUGUGGAAGUCCCACAAAUUAUGUUUCCUCACGUCGAGUUGACUCUGCAGAACAAUAUUGAGAUUGGCAUGGCAUUAGAAGUACCAGUACAAAAGAAUAAUGAUCAAGAAGAGACGUAUUGGGUAGCUUAUAUUGUCAUGGCUUGUGGGCCUUUGCUAAGGUUGCGUUAUUUUGGUGGUGAUGACAGAUCAUUAGAGUUUUGGUUUAAUCUUACAAAAGAAGCUGGCCAUGAGAUUGGUUGGAGCUUAAAAAAUAAUAAAAAAUUGGAACCACCUGACUCUAUAUUUGAAAGAUCACCAGACUGCAUAGAUAAGUUGCGCGAAUUUCUUAUAACAGCACGUGCACUUCCAUCUGAGAUGUUAACAGGGAAUGGUCUCAGUAUGACAGAUAGAAUUGAGCAGGAUAUGAAAGUAGAAAUAAGUGAUGUAUUACAUCCCUAUAAACUAUGGGUAGCUACGAUUAUUGAAAACAUUGGAGGGCGUCUUUUAUUAAAAUACGAUACGCCGGGUUCUUUUCGCGAAAACUUCUGGGUAUUCUGUACAUCCGAACGUUUACACUCAUACGGAUUUACAUCUAAAUCAAAUUCUACUUGGUUCUUAGAACCACCCACUUCGAUAGUUGAUUUACACACGUACGAAGAAUGGAAGGACUUGCUAGAAUCUAAACCAAAAGAUUGCGAGCCACCAGAAGAAUUAUUCAACAAUAAUAUCGAUCACCCGAAGCAUAGUUUUCAGAUUGGGAUGAAAAUGGAAGCCUUAUGUCCAAAAAAUUGUACAAAAAUCUAUCCAGCUACUGUAUCGAAAGUUUUCGACGACACAUAUUUUCUUGUAAAUGUGGAUACACACAUUAAUCGUUUAAGUGGACCAGAAGAUGCACCCGUCCCCAAUAAUUCAGAAAAUAAUACGUGGCUAUGUACUGCAGAACAUCCGUAUGUAUUUCCAAUUGGAUGGGCAGAAAAACACAAUAUUAAGAUUAUUCAGCCGUUAGGUUGGACCGGAAAGACUGAAAACUUUGACUGGAAUGAAUAUUUAGAAAUGUUUCAUGCUAGUGCUGCACCCGAAAGUUUGUUUGUUACUCGCGAGAGUGCUGCUGAGGCAGGCUUCGAAUGCGGUAUGAGACUGGAAGCUGUCGACCCAGAACAUGAAGAUGUGAUAUGCGCCGCUCACAUCACUAAGAUCGUCGACAAUCUCUUAUGGAUUAAAUUAGAUAAUUACGAACAUUGCCGGCCAGAUCACAUAGUCGACAUGCGUUCCUUGAAGAUCUUUCCUGUCGGAUGGUGCGAGUCCAAUCACUACCCGCUGAAACCACCAAGGGAUUAUGUCGAAGUGUGUAAAAAGCUGCAGACACCUGUAAAAGAAGAAAAGAACAAUGUUUUAGACAUACCGAUAUCUGAGCCACGAUCUUCGCUCUGGUGUCCAAAAAUAUAUUUUAAUUACCGAUGUUUCACAGGCCCAAUGAUCUCAAAGGGUAAAUUAGCGACUCUUCCAAAAGCAGUAGGACCCGGACCAGUUGUAUUGGUCAUGCGGGAAGUUUUGUCCAUGAUUGUAUCCGUUGGCUAUAGGAGCGCUAGAAUACUGAAGGUAUUACAAUGCGACUCCAAACCAGAUCCCGGCUACCACUUGGAAGUUUUGAAGGCGAAGCACAAGAAUAACACUUAUCGUGCGAAUGUGGCUAUUGUUACAUCCGGAGAUAUGGUAGCUGACUUUUGCCGGAACAUAUGCAAGAAAUUAAUGGUGUGUCCAAAUUUAUUCGGUCCAUUACAUGUCCCGGAAAAUCAAUGUCCAGACGAAUGCUACAAAACAUCCAAGACAAAAUAUACAGCGUCGGUUGGAACUGGAAAAAGAGGAAAGCCGAAAGGAUAUACGAGUAUCAUGGUGCAAAAGCCGAAACCCUGGGGCAGAAGACGUAAAAGGAGACGGGGUAGAUGGGCGAAUAAACAUAAGGAAGUUCAUGACGAAGAUGAUCAUGAAGAAGAAAUGCCAUUUAUGCCGUUAAAUCUGGCAAAGCAUGUCUCGGAGAGUCUUGAAGAGACGUUCGACGGGAGACAACCGCUCUCGGAAAUAGAUAUUAUGAUUCAGAAAGGAUUAGAGAAAUCCGACAAGUCGGAUGAUUUUAAGACUGAAACACCUUCCAGUAAUGUCUCGGAAGAUUCUGGUAGUUCGUUCAACGAUAGAAAGACGAAGGACAGGGGGCCGUGUAGCCCUCCUAGUCUGAAUUCUAAACAACAUUCCACGAAAUUCAAUCAAAAUUCAGGAAUCACCAGAGGGAACCUUAAGAGGGAACGAGAUUGGGAUACGAGCAUAGAAUCUGAUUGCUCUGAGGCAGAUGCCGAGUAUGUGAGGAUGCAGAAAACGCAACGACGACCGAAGACCCGAAAACUUGAUUCAAAUCCUUUAUUCUGGUCCGUAGACGACGUGUUCCGGUAUCUUAGAAAAACGAACGAUUGCAAAGAUCUCGCAUACCGUGUCAAGGAGGAGGAAAUUGAUGGUCUUGCAUUUUUGCUGCUGAAUCUUCCCUCUCUUACUCAACAUAUGAAAUUGCGAAUGAGUGCGGCUAUGAAGCUAUGCCGGCAUGUAGAACAAGUAAAGGUCACUUUUUUUCUGCGACAUAUUAAUGAAGUACACCCUGAGUAGUAUCAAAUUGUCCAGCCAAUCAUUUCAUAACGUAAUUUUUUUUUUCUUUCGUGACAUAAAUGUGUGUACACUGCACUAUGUACAGUUACAUAUGAUCACGAAAAGUAAAGUAAAAAGAAUGUAUAUUAUAUUUAUAUAGUAUAAUAUUGUUAAUUUAUAUUAGAACAUAAGACUAUUAUUUUUAAAUGUAUUGUUCUUAAGCGUGUAAUUAAGGCGUUACGCGUAGCAAACUGCAUGCAAUUUUACUCAACAACAGUAUUUCUUUAUGCAAUCUAAAUUUAUAUUAUGCUCUAUUAAAUUAUUAUUGUUGACGUUGUGAUUAAAGCAGUAAAUAUGAAAGUUAAA